CCUUGUCAGGAUGAAGUGGAUUAAAAAAUGGAUGGAUGGAUCGAUGUUCGGAUCAUAUCAAAAUUACAAGUAUUGAAAGAAAAUUAUGAUAGUGUCCGUGUAUAUACAGUAUGUGUUAUUGUGUGUGAGUUUCAAGCUAACUGCAAAGGUUUCCUCCGUAAUAUUAAUUUGUCUUCUAUUUUUUCCAUUUCAAUCGUUAAAACAAAGUUUGUUUCCAUCUAUCUAUUUAUCUAUCCAUACAUCCAUUCAUCUGCAGCACGGUGAACAAGUGGUAUUUAGGAACAUUCAUCAGCAGGAAAAAAGUAAACAUAUGCAUCAGUUGGUUUCUCUUUUUCUUUUAGCAUAUUUGGUAUUGGAGAAAACACAAAAAUAAUUAAAAUUAAUCAAUUUGCUUUCAGAUUAUGAUACUUGGAUUAUAUAACAUUUUUAACAGGCUACUGUAGUAACUGUAUCAGAGUACAGUUUGAAAGUACUGUAUUAUAAGUCAUAACACAGCAGUAAUUAUGCUGAUGUAAAAUACUUGCCAAAGUACCGGUAACACUCGUGUGGCACCAAGAGAAAUACUUGCACUCAUUCAAUCAAAGUUUGAACUUUGCACUCUCCUCCCAGACUUUGUUACCGUAUUGAUUGUACAGCGGUACUGAACCUCAUAAAAGUGCCACACAGAAAUGCGAGUGAAACAAAAAUAAGACUGAGAUAACUGGGAUUACAGGAAAAAAGUGAUUUUUUUUAACCCCAUAAUGGGAUACCACAAACUAUAUCUGCUCAUGUUACUGAGCAGUUACUCACUGGCUCAGCAAGACAAUGGCAGUAAAGCGAACCCAUCAACCUGCCUCUUUACAUCCAGGUUUAAGGUCAAUAAGAAAUACAUCUACCAAUACAUCACAGAGAGCAGGAAUGGUGCGGUGGGCACUGCCAACUUGAAAAGUGCACUUAAAGUUACUUGUCAGGUAGAGAUUGAAGUCCCUCAGAUUUGUGGAUUCGUCAUGCGCACUAUGGACUGCACUAUCACUGAGGUGGCUGCUAUUGAUCCUCAUGGCCAACCGGUGUACAAACAGUCCCCUGGCUCAGGGGCCUUCAAGGCAGCCAUGGGAAGAAACCCCCUCAAGUUCUCAGUGCAACAGAUCUCCAGUGUUCAGCUGUACCCUGAGCCAAAUGAACCUGUGUAUAUCGUCAAUGUAAAGAGAGGAAUCAUCUCUGCUCUCAUAGUUCCAGCCACGGAUGAAGAGGAGAGCAGCCUCCAGAGCACAUUGCAUGGCCAGUGUUUAACUGAAUGGUUGGUGAACACAAAGAAGGAUUUUGCAGUAGAUGUGACCUUAUUGAGAGAUCUGUCACAGUGCGACCACUUCUACGGCCGGGAACUCAUAAACAGUCCUCUUGCGUUUCUGCAAAAGCUGCACAGACCCUUGUCCAAGCUCAUUACAAGCAAGCAAGACUGCAACUACCAGUUUCAUGAGAAAGAAAGGCACAUUAUAACUGCUAUGUGCAAAGAAAAACACAUCUACCUUCCCUUCUUCGCUAAGGACAAUGGAAUAUUGUCCAUGGUAACCCAGAAACUCAGCUUUCACAGUUACAAAAGGAUCAACAACAGAGUAUUUGAUGUUGACCCGAACCACAAAAAACCACUCUACUUUGAAAAUCCAGAGGACAAAUCCCCUUUCCAGACAAAAGAUGCUGCUCUGAGGACCCUGAGUGAUCUCCAGUCUUUGACAGGCUCUGACCAUGGUGAAAAGAGGACUAGCCUUUUCUAUAAACUAGUGUCUACCCUACGUAACCUGAGGAAUGAGACGAUGAACAAGAUGGUCACUGAGAUGCUGCGUUCAUCUUCGUGGCUUGCUUGGCAGGCCUUGCUUCAGUGUGGAACCCCUGAGUGCAUCAGUGGUAUCUUUCAGGCCAUCAGAAGCCUGGAUGGUUUGGCACUUGAGGCUGAUGCCCUGAUCUAUGUGCUGAGUCUUCAGGAAAACCCAGAUGCAGCACGAGUCAGAGAUAUGCUCAGCAUGGCUCAGUACAAACAGAGCAAAGCUAUCAUGUAUGCUCUUGGCAACACAGUAAAGAAGUUCCAUCAAGGGAAUAUCACCCCUGAGGUGAAAGCUGUGUCAGAGUUCAUGUGGUCACUAUUAAAUGACUGCACGGGAGAAAUGAGGGACCCUGAGGCAAUGACCUUCCUUGUAUUGAGGGUUGUUGGAGUCAUGGGUCAUGCUAUGCAAACUGUCAGCCCUGAUCUAAUUUCCUCCAUUAUGAAUCGUUUCAAAAGAAGUGACAUUUCAUUAUCAAACAAAAAAGCCGUUAUUCAGGCUUUUAGGCAGAUGGACAUUAAUGAUCAGAUAAAAGACUUCCUCAAGGAGGUGUAUCAGGAUCCUCAAGGUCACAUUGAGAUACGUAUUGCAGCCUACCUGAUCCUGAUGAAGAACCCAGACCUAGAAUUUGUGACAGACAUUGUGACCAAUAUGGAAGUCAUGGAGGAUGAUCAACUCAAGAACUUUGUGUUUUCCCACCUAAAAAAUAUCCAAAGCUCUAAUGAGCCUCAAAUGCACCAGUACAAGGAAUAUAUUGAACUGGCUUUGCAAAAUCGACUGUUAAACCCUAACGAGGUCAUCGAUGGCAAGUCACGCAACUACAAGAUUGAAUCUCCUGUGGGGUCACUCAGUGUAAACAUCAUCUUUGAUGACACAAAUACUUUACCCAAGGAGGUUAUGUUGGAGACAACUCUAAACGUUUUCAACUACAGCUAUGACAUCUUUGAGAUUUGUGUUGAGGGAACAGGAUUACAACCAACAAUCGAGGCUCUUUUUGGAGAAGAUGGCUUCUUCCCGGAUUCCAUCUCCAGAGGUCUGUAUUGGGCAGGUGAUCAAUCCCAGAUGAUCAAAGAGGUUUUGCACAAAAUGGCACUUGACAAAGUUGCAAAUAGGAGACAGAUUUCAGAGACACUACUGAAUGACAUUGCAAAGAGUGUCCAGAAGGUCAUGAAGGAUAUAUAUUCUUCGCCGAUCCCUGAAGCCACUGCCUAUCUUAAGCUUUUGGGAAACGAAAUGUAUGUGAAGACGAGCGAAAUACGAAAGAUGGCAGAAACUCUGUUCGUGUAUUUCAAUGUGUUCUUCCGAGUUUUACCUCCUCAGAUAUUUUUUGAAUUGACCCAGAGAACUGACAAUGAAGUCUUCAUUCACUUCAUCUUCAUGGAAAAUUCCAUUUCAUUUUCCACCGCCCUGGGGUUCCCAAUGAAGUUUUCAUUGGCUGGUGUGUUUGCCCCCGGAGCCAAAGGAGGCAUGACCGUCACUUCAAGCAAAGGUGACCUGGCAUUUAUGCCUUCUGUUGGAUUAGAAUUCAUCACCCAAAUGACUGUUCAUGCGGCAGAUUAUGUGGAGGCAGGUCUUGAGAUGCACACGAACAUGUAUCAUGAACACUCCCUCAAUGCAACGGUGACCAUCAACAGAAACCAAAUUAGACUGUCCAUUCCUGCACCAAAAUCAAACACGCAGCUUUUUUCUUUUAGCAACAAGUUGGUGUCAGUCACCUCUGGUCAAGUCAUGACUGUGCCAUCUUUUGUGGUGGACCAGACUAACUCAACUGACUGUCAGCCUCUAUUCAGAGGUCUCAAAAUCUGCACCGUUGUUCAUUACUCAAAUACAUCCUCCAAAAACCAGGCCCCCUCUUAUCCUCUGACUGCUGAAACCAUGGCUGCAGUGCUAAUUCAACCCACAGACAAUGUUACCGAGUACACUGCCACCAUAAAGCGUGAAACCCUAAAAGAAGGAAAAAAGGGUCGGCAUGAAAUUGAUUCCCUGAGGAUAACCUUAAAGGCCGAAGGUGAUGAUUCAACAGAAGCCUCUGCAUCUGUGAAAUACAACCGCAAUAAGAACAUUUUGACUGGCGAAGUUGUCAUUCCCAACUAUGAUGUGCAACUUGGCAUCAGGGUGGCUGGAGUUGAUAGUGAAGUCAAGCAAAACAACUUGCGCGGCAUUUCGGUGGAGGUCACCAACAAGGACAUUCCACAGGUGACGCUGGUGGGGAGUACGAGACUCGAAUUGAUGAAAAAUGCAAUCCUGCAACUCCAGAUGCUCAUUCCAGCCCUAAAAACAAAUGCUUUGUUCACUGCAACCCUGAAGAAGCAUCUGGAUAUCAUCAUGAACAUCGAAACUACGAUCGAGCUGCCUGAGACCAGCUACCGACAGACAGCUUCCCUUAAAUAUGAUGAAGAGAAGUUUGAGGUGCAAUUGUCAUUGGACUUGAAUUCAAAGAUUCGGCAAAUUUUGCCAAGCCUCGAAGGUCAUCAAAGAAAACUGAAAAAACUAAUUGAAAAUAUCCUGGACCGGAAGGUUGCAAAAACAGACAUGAAACUGCGACAUAUUGUCACCAAAGGAAUUGAGGCUACAAACAUUUGGCUGGACAAGUUCACAGUAAGCAUUCCCAUUCUUAAGCUCAUGCAAAAUAAGAGGAGACUCUCAGAAGUCAUUGUCCCAUCUCUACCGGAGAGAAUCUUCCUGCAGUUCGACAACUCUUUCCGCUACAAGUUUAACAAGGACAAAAUGGCAUUCUCGCUUCCUCUUCCACUGGGAGGAAAAAAAUCAGAGCAACUGAAUUUUCCCAAAUCCCUGUCAGCUCCUGCUCUAGAUUUGCCAGCAAUAGGUUUACAUGUCCCGUCCCAAAUCUAUAGGCUCCCGUCAUUCACUGUACCUCCCGUUAUCGAUUUCCCUGUGCCCCUUAUUGGUGUGGCUGAAGCGUCUGUCAAGAUCAACAGCAACUUCUACAGAUUGGAAGGCUCAAUUUCCGGUGGCAACCACACUGUUGACAGCCCCAGCUACAUUGUGCAAUACAAGGCCAUAACCAACUCACCUUUCAACCUGCUUGUACACAAUCUUGAAGGAACAUGGAUGAUGUCAGGAAGAGGGGAUGAUCAUCUGGAGUAUCUGGUAAAUAAUUCCUUGAGCCAUAGUCUCAUUCAGACAAGAGUGAGUUUCUCAGACACUUUGGAUGUUACCAACAAACUACAUGCAAAGGCCAAUUACAAGAUUGAAGCAUCAAGUCCACUGGGCCUCUACACUUCUUCCAACUACGUUGCGCAGUCAACUUCCAUUGCAGACUCAGGUGAAGUCACAGGAGAUGGCACCUGGGAUGGAACCCUUCAAAUUGGUUCUUUCUAUACCAAUAGCUCCUAUAGCAACGGUUACAAGCUGAACCUGCAAGAAAGAAAAGGAAGAGGAGAGUCCAUCUUACGCUUUGACUCACCAUUUCUAAUAAUUCACAAUACAAUCCAUGGAAUCUAUACGAACUCUGGAUUGAAUAUUGUCUCUGAAACAAACGCCCAGAAAGACAUCUUCCAUCAUGUGGCAGAACUCAACUACAAAGAUUCACAACUAACUCUGAAGUGUAACGGUGUUGCUAAAGGCGGGAGAAAAAUGCUGAGAAAUGAAUUUGAGUUUGGCAUGUCCAACAAUAAUGUCAUCAUCUUAGCUGAAUCAAAGGCAGAUGAUGAAACCAACCGGGCAUAUCACCUCAUAAACGGCUCACUGAAUUCAAGAAGGCUUGAAGUAAACUCAGAUGGCGCUCUUACCUUUGCCAAAGGUCGAGGACUACACAAAGCAUCCAUUGUGUUUGAUAGAAAUGGUUUGACCACAAGUGGAGCGAAUAGCAUUCAAUACAGUCCCGUCACAUUUGAAAAUAUCUUCAGUGGAUCCAUGGACAGCAACGGGGCAUCGUUGUCCUCCACGACUAAAGCAAUGGCCGAGGAAGGCGAAGGCGAGCUGAAUAUUGAGGCUAAAAUGACUGCAAAAAAAGCCUAUUUUUGGGGUGUCUUCAAUGGAAAUGUGUUCAGUGCACACACAAGAAAUCAUGUCAACGUCGAACUGGACAGAAGGGCUUUCAAUUUUAUUAGUACCAGCAUGGGAAAAAUGGGGCAGAUGAAAACCGAAAAUAGCCAAACACUGACCAUCACGCUAUGGGCCCUCGCCCUUCGUUCUUCGAGCAACGCCCUCUGUGAAGAGUUCUACUAUAAGCAGGAUACCAAGAUUUUUCUGAAGCCGUUUGUCAUAACAUUGGAUGCGACAAAUGGACUGAAAUGGUCUAAUCUCACUUUGAGCAGAAAAGACUCCAUCAAGUUGAAGCCGGUUCAGGCGGAACUGAGUGGAUUCACACAUGGAUCUUAUGGAGAUGAACACAUCAUUAAACACACCUAUGAGUUAAACUACGAAGCCAUGGCGGGUAAAAUAAAAUCGAACAGUUCCGGAAACCUAUCGGGUGUCCAUUUGGGUCAAACCUGUGAAUUGGAGUUUGCUGGACUUUCCUCCACAUAUUUUUGUGAAUCACACAUUGAAUCUAAGCUUCUCCAUUUUGACAGCAUGUUACGCACCCAAGCGCUGCCGUUCGUCCUCUCAAUUGAUGCCUUUUUCAAUGGUGAUGGAGAAAUCGAUUUAUAUGGAAAGCAUACUGGGCAACUGUACAGUAAGCUGCUAGUGAAGGCUGAGCCUUCGCUUCUCGUCUGCUCACAUGACAGCAGAGUGUCGACCGUGCAUGCACUUUCAAAUUGGGAGACAUCCACCCAAUUAGAUCACAAAUUUGAUGGUUUCCUAUUGCCAAGUGGUCAAACUGUAAAGUGGAAAAUUAAAUCUCAAUUAAAUAAUCAUUCUUUCGAACAGAAUAUCAGCGCCUAUAACAACCGACAGAAAGCUGGAUUUGAAUUUUCGGAAGUCAUGCUCACAGAUGCUCUCCAUAGAUGGAACGAAAAUAUCGGAUCGAAAGUCGAAAAGCAAGAAUUCAGUCUGACUGGUUUUCUCCGAUAUGACAAGAGCAGCAACUGUCAUAGCAAUCUGACACCAUUUCCUUUUCUCGCUGCUUGUCAACAGCUGAAGAAUGCAUGUAUACGUGCAUUGGAAACACUUCAAAGAUACAUCAACAAUCAGAAUAUUAAACAGAUGAUAUCUGAUUUCAGAGUCAAGGUAGAUCAGUUCCCAUCGCAAGUCAGCGACUUCAUGAAAGAAAUGGAGUUGGAAAAUAAAGUGGAUCAAAUUAAAGAGAAACUCGAUUACUUUAUGAACAGUUUUGACGUAACGAUGGAUGAUCUGGACGUCAUAAUGAACAACAUGAUAAAGGAUUUGGAAAAGAAAGUGUUUGAUGUUGCUGCUAAAAUCCGAAACCUAAUUGUUUCACUCGAUGACUACGUCAAGACGAGGCACAUCCCUGAAAAAUUAGCAUGCGUGCUUAACGCAACCGAAAAUGAACUGCAUGCAUUUAUUGAGAAGUACAAUAUCAGGGGAGGGCUACUUAAAGCCCUGAAGGCCAUCGAUAACAUUGUGGAAGAGUUUGAUUUGGAGAAACUCGCAGGCAGCAGCAUUGCUAGGCUGCAAGAAUUAGAUUCAAAAUCUAGAAUACGAGAGAAAAUAAAAAAAACCCUUGCAGACAUAUGUGAUAAAAUUGAGAGUUUCGAUGUGAGGAUAUUGUUCCAACAAAUGAACGAGUUUCUUCUUUCAACCAAUUUGGGCAUUGAGAAACUUUUGUAUGAAAUUCCUUACACAAAAAUUGCAAAUGUGAUGGAAUCAGCAAAGGAUGUUUUAGUCAACUGGAUUGAUGAAUAUGAAGUGCCCUCCAAACUCAAUGCAAUAUAUUCCUGCAUCAGAGAUCACAUUUCAAAAUACGACCUCGGUGAUACGUUUAAAGAAAUAAGUGAGCAGGCGGCAAUUCUCAUCGGGAAAAUGAAAAUUGAGGAGGGGGUGCGUUCAUUCGCCAAUGCUCUGAAGGUUGUCGAUUUGGAAUUUGUUCAUGAUCAAAUUGUGCAAUUUCUCCACCGUGUCAAAAACCAUCUUAGUACAAUCGAUGUGAACAAAAUGAUGGAAGAACUUGGUGGUGUUUCUUCAGCUCUUGAGUCACUGACGGACUUUGACUAUCAUGCAUUUGUGAAUGAAGCCAACAAGAAUGUUGCGCAAUUGACAAAUUACAUCAACGAGAGGAUAAAAACAUAUGAGAUUGUGUCAAAAGUUGACGCUGUAAGGGAAUUUAUCCGCACGAUUCAACGUACAAUUUUCAGUUACAUAGAAAAACUCAGAAACACAAAAGUGGCGGAGUCGCUGAAGAAGCUAAAACAUGUGAUGGACAGUAUAUUUUACGUCGAUGUCAAAAUGAAAGUUCAGGAUGUCAUUGAAGACAUCAGGCAGAGAAUUCUUGACAUGGAUAUCAGAGACGAAGUGUACUUUCACCUGCAAAGAGCAAGUGAAUCCUACAAUAAUAUUGUAGCUUUCGUUUCAGCGAAGAUCAACCAAUUGAUCGAAGAGAUCGGCAAAUUGGUGAAUGACAACGAGAUCCUCUGUCCAAUAAAGCAAACCAUCAACGGCGGUUUGAAUGAAUUCAAGAAAGUUAAGAUUCAGGUUGACAGUUUUACAAUACUUUUUACGGACCUUGUCGUUCCUGGAUUUACAAUCAACAUGAAUCAAUUGCAUGAAAUCUCCGUUCCAGCAGAAAUUUCAGUCCCGGAGUUUACCAUUCUUGGCUCAAUCACAGUUCCGGCCUUGACAAUAUCUUUUGAUGAGCUCAAAGCCAAAAUCCUUGCAAUGAUCGAUACUAUCAAACGAUUUGAAAUGCCAGCCAUUGACCCUGACAGGAUUUUCGGUGACCUGAAAGUUCUUUAUGUAUUUGCCCUACCAGACGUCACCUUUCCAGAAAUAAGACUUUCAGAAAUCAAAGUUCCAACCAUCACCAUCCCCGUAUUACAUACAAAGGAUUUUGAAGUCACAUCACUCCCAAUGCCAGGAAUCAAACUAACUGAUACUCCUCAUGCAAAUUGUGUCCACAUUUUGGGAAUAUUUCAAGGUGAAUUUACAGUGAGCUCCCCCGUGUACACUCUGGCUACUACGGGAAAGAUUGAAAAUUCAACAUCUACUCCGAAAAACCCCAAGUUUACAGCCACUGUUCAAUCUCAGGCCAAAUCAACUCUCCGGAUUAUGGAAUAUACAUUCGAUGCGAUGGCUCAAUUAGAGGCGCCUGGAUCGAAAGGAUUGAUGUUUACAGAAAUGUUGAAAGCUUCCCAUUUGGCUUUUUCGAUUGCUCAUGACGCAUCCAUGGUACUCGGGGGUUCUUCGGCUGAGGUCUGUGCACAGACCGUCUCAAAGGCCGCGACUUCAAUGUACACAGCGGACUUGGUCAACACCAUGACACUCUCACUGAGGAGUGGAAUCUUUGUGAAUACAAGCAUGUCUUACAACCACAACUUUGACAUGCCAUCAAUGGAAAUUUCAAGUCUGACGUCGGUGAAACACGACAUGGCGUCGACGGUGGCCAGAGGAAUCGCUUGGAGUGGUAAAACUACGGCUUGUGGGAAGUGGUCCUGGGGAAACUACUCGGAUGAAGGGACACAUGAAAGCACUUUAGAAUUGAAUAUCAAUUUCAACACUACUAUGUUAAAUUUUGUCAGCGACACAACUUGGACCGCAUUAAGGACAAAGCAAAUGCUGACGUUGGAAUCGGUCAUCUUUAGCCAUAUCGUUACGCGUGCUCAAUGUGAAUCUGAAGCGCCAUUUGUGAAGAGUGUAAUCGGUGCCAAUGGUGAGAUCCAUAUCUGGGACUUGAAAGUUUUAUUGGCAGCCCAUCAUCAAUCACGAUUCAGCGGACCUGUGACUGGUUCCAUUUCCAACACUCUCGAAUUCAUGUCCCAUUCAUUUGAGACUGUGUAUGCCGUUCAGAAUAAAGCAACCUUAAAGAUGGUCUUCCCCUUAAAACUUAGUGGGAAGGUGGAGCUCCAGCAUGACUACGGUGCCAAAUUCAACUCUGAGAAGCAACGGGCUUACUGGAUUGUUUCGGCCAGAUUCAACCAAUACAAGUACAACUACAACAUUGAAGCAGAACAUAAUUACAUGAAUGUCACCGUCAACUUCCGGUCUUAUGGAGAAGCAAAUGUGGACUUUUUGACAGUUCCUUUCUCAAUACCUGUGAUGAAUGUACCUUUCUUGGGAAUCAGGACUCCUGAAGUUCAAGAUGUUUCUCUUUGGGAACAUGCUGGAUUAAAAAGAUUGCUUACCACUCCACAACAGUCAUUUGCGGCACACCUGAAACUUACUUACAAUAAAAACCCAAACACACAACGGUUUGAGUUGCACUUAGAGCCAGUUCAUAUCAGUGACAGUGCCCGCAUAAUAUUGGCUAAAUUCCAACAGAGGAGUCUUCCAAGGAGGCCCAAUCGCACAUUCUAUAAAAUACAAACUUGAAACAUCAAGCCUUCCGCCAAGAAUCUUUACUGUCCCUGGAUACAAAAUACCUGGACUAAAUAUCGAGUUUUCUACCUUCUGAGAUAAAAUGUUCAUGCUAUGACAUUCAUGUUGUCUUUUAAUUAGUGAAAACUGGUUUGGGUUUUUUUGUUUUGUUUUUUCUUUAGAGGGGCGGGACAUUUUUUCUCUUCACUGGUUAAAAAAAAAAUAAACGCCUGGAAAAAAAAAGAAACCGUUAACCAAUUUUAUUUGAAAUGUCUGCCUUUAGUUGCUCUAUUCCCAAAAGGGUCAUGACACCAAGAUUCAGAAUUUCAGCUUUGAGAUUUUCUUUGCCUACACCCUAAAUCCACAGGUGUCAAACUCAUUUUUGUCGCGGGCCACUUAGUAGCUAUGUUUUCCCCUCGGCGGGCCGUUACGACAGUGAAACCAAAUAAAUGUUUAAUUAUCUCUUCUCAUAACUUAUACAUAACCAAUUGAUGUAUUACUAGUUUUGAAACCACUCAAGUCAACUCUUUGUUAAAUUAGGUUUAAAGGUUCUUUUUGUUUCCAGACACUGGUCUUUUUUAGUGACGUAUUUCUUCAACUCUUACCUGGCUGACAGUUUCGGCUGUCACUUCCGCCUUCAUUGGAGCUGUCACUGCUUCCUUAUGAUGUCUUCAAAACAGCUUUUGGAUUGUUGUUCCAUUAUUGUUGAAGUGAGUGUAAACAGGGUAACAAAAUUAUUGCAAAAUCUCAACGUCAUUUAUCACACAUGAGAAUUUGACCAACUCAACUGAUAAAGACCCAGUUAACGUUUUCUAAGGAAAAUCC